UGAAAUCGGAAAUUGGCAAAAUCCAAAAACACCAAAUAUAAACUUCCAAACCAAAAACGCCAAUCAGAGACAAAACUCCAAACUUUCCAUUCUCUUGACUUCAAAAUGAAUUCACCACUUCAUCAUUUUCUUCUCUUUCACAUAAACACACCAAUCACACUCCUUCCAUGGCAUCCAUGAUUUCGCUUCUCCUUGGCUUUGUUGUCUCCUCCUUCCUCUUCAUCUUCUUCUUGAAGAAACUGCUCUUCUUCUUCUCCAGACACAAGAUGUCGGAAGUUUCUAGGCUCCCCUCUGUCCCAGUAGUGCCAGGAUUUCCGUUAAUUGGGAACUUGCUGCAACUAAAAGAGAAGAAACCACACAAGACGUUCACUAAAUGGUCAGAGCUUUAUGGUCCAAUCUACUCUAUUAAGAUGGGUUCUUCCUCCCUUAUUGUCCUCAAUUCAAUCGAAACCGCCAAAGAGGCCAUGGUAAGUCGGUUUUCAUCCAUCUCAACAAGAAAGCUAUCGAAUGCGUUGACAGUCCUCACUUGCAACAAAUCUAUGGUUGCUACAAGUGAUUAUGAUGAUUUCCACAAAUUCGUGAAACGGUGUCUCUUGAAUGGCCUUUUAGGUGCAAAUGCACAGAAACGAAAAAGACACUACAGAGAUGCCCUCAUUGAGAAUGUGACUUCCAAGUUGCAUGCCCACACGAGGAACCAUCCGCAAGAACCUGUAAACUUCAGGGCUAUAUUCGAGCAUGAGCUUUUCGGAGUAGCCUUGAAGCAAGCCUUUGGGAAAGAUGUAGAAUCCAUUUACGUCAAGGAACUCGGUGUGACUUUGUCAAGAGACGAGAUCUUCAAGGUUUUAGUACAUGACAUGAUGGAGGGUGCAAUAGAUGUUGAUUGGAGAGACUUCUUCCCUUACUUGAAAUGGAUUCCGAACAACAGUUUUGAAGCAAGAAUCCAGCAAAAGCAUAAACGUAGACUCGCGGUGAUGAAUGCUCUGAUUCAAGAUCGACUGAAUCAGAAUGAUUCAGAAUCGGACGAUGAUUGCUAUCUCAACUUCUUGAUGUCGGAAGCAAAAACACUAACCAUGGAGCAAAUCGCAAUCUUGGUUUGGGAGACGAUUAUCGAGACAGCUGACACUACUCUGGUCACAACCGAAUGGGCGAUGUAUGAACUCGCAAAGCAUCAAAGUGUCCAAGAUCGUCUGUUUAAAGAAAUCCAAAGCGUCUGCGGAGGAGAAAAGAUCAAAGAAGAACAGUUGCCUCGGCUUCCUUAUGUCAAUGGAGUCUUUCAUGAAACGCUUAGGAAAUACAGUCCGGCUCCUCUUGUUCCCAUUCGCUAUGCUCACGAAGAUACUCAAAUCGGAGGCUAUCAUAUCCCUGCAGGAAGCGAGAUAGCGAUAAACAUCUAUGGAUGCAACAUGGAUAAGAAGCGUUGGGAGAGGCCAGAGGAGUGGUGGCCGGAGCGUUUCCUGGAGGACAGAUACGAAUCGUCGGAUCUUCACAAGACAAUGGCGUUUGGAGCGGGAAAGAGGGUUUGUGCUGGUGCACUUCAAGCAUCUCUAAUGGCAGGCAUCGCCAUUGGGAGAUUAGUACAAGAAUUUGAAUGGAAGCUUAGAGACGGCGAAGAAGAGAAUGUGGAUACAUAUGGGUUGACCUCUCAGAAGCUCUAUCCUCUCAUGGCUAUUAUCAAUCCAAGGCGUUCUUAAGAGAUCUUUCCUUAUGUUAAGUUUUACUUUUGUCUGUUUUAUGAACAGAACAGUCCAAAUAUUAUUAUGCUUGAAUGUUUUGUCAUACUUCAAACGUUAUUUGGGUCAUAUGGACAUGUACUCUUGUGGUUUCUACUAGUGAUGUUAAGAUCUUGGCCUGUAAAUAUAAUAUCUAUGGGCCAAUAUAAAGAAAUAUUUGGUUUUCUACCAAU